AUGCCGCCCCGAAGCUCCAGCGGCUCCAAGCAACCCAAGAUUUCCACAGCUCUGAAAGGAAGCGCCAAUGCAAAGAAGUCGACACCAGCAAAGAGCUCCAAACCGCCAGGCAAACCCAAUGCCAGUAUCUUGUCCUUUUUCAAGAAGGAUGAUGGCCUGUUUGUUGCAGAUCUCGGAUCGACACAGGCAAAAACCAAGGAAACAAUCGAAGAAAUCGAGGUCGGGGAAGGGCAAGAGACACGCUUCAACGAGGAAGAUGGUCCUGUAAAGAGGCGGAAGCUGUCGCCGACUGAUGCUGUAGACAACACGAACCCCAUGCCUCCAAUCACCACAGCAGUAGAGCAAACAAAGUCCGCAUUCCUCAUGAAGGCUGCAACUGGUCCCUUCAUGGAAGAAUCCGAUAGCGAAGACGAACAGGAUGACACAAAGCCGGUAGAUCAACCUGCAACCAUCAAGACAGAACUCAAACAACCACCAUCGUUGAUCCACCAACCUACUUCCGCGUCAGCAACUGACGACUUUGAAGAUGAUGUUUUUGACGAGGGCGAGGAAUAUGUCGAGAGACUGUGGAUGGAACAAGAACAGAUCAAGCUUGAAGAAGGUGAAGACGAUAGUUUCCAAGACGACGAGAUGAAGACUCCGGAAGCAGAUGCCCCUUCGUGUCCAAUCUGCAGUGUCAGUCUGGCUGGCAUAGCAGAGUCUGACGCAGGCGUACAUGUCAACAAUUGUCUCGAUGGCAACCCGACACCCUUGCCCGAGAAGAAGGAGAAACCAGCCCAACAUGCUCUAUCACCAGCACGAUUCAAGAAGCCUCUUCGACCAGCAAAACCAUCACAACCACAACCUCUAGGACACGACUCUUCGAGCUCUGCAUUCUCAAAGCUUAUGACUAGCCGAUCUGAAGACAUGGCAUGGGCGAAUGCCGCCGCUGCCGAGAAUGCUUCUCGUGGAAAACCAAGUUAUACACGCACAUGUCCGUUCUACAAGAUCUUACCCGGUACCAACAUCGCAGUGGAUGCUUUCAGAUACGGCGCUGUCGCUGGUUGCAAUGCUUACUUCCUGAGCCAUUUUCAUAGUGAUCACUACGUCGGUUUGACAAGUACCUGGACUCAUGGCCCGAUCUACUGCAGCAAGGUCACGGCAAAUCUGGUCAAACAACAGCUGCGAGUCAAUCCAGAAUACGUCAUUGCACUAGAUUGGGAGGUCCCGACAGAAGUUCCAGGUACGCCUGGUGUCAUGGUGACCAUGAUAUCAGCAAAUCAUUGCCCAGGCUCAUCACUGUAUCUGUUCGAGAAGCCACUCAGUAAAGGGCCCGACCCAAAGCUGCAGCGUAUACUGCAUUGUGGCGAUUUCAGAGCAUGCCGUAUGCAUCUUCAACAUCCUCUGCUGCGACCAGAUGUACAAGACCACAUCUCAGGAAAGAACAAGGAGCAGAAGAUUGAUGUCUGCUAUCUCGACACAACCUAUUUGAAUCCCAAGUAUGCUUUCCCAGAGCAAGAGCAUGUCAUUAAAGCUUGCGCAGACAUGUGCGUACGCUACAACGACGAUCCACUGGUCUUGGACACUCUCAAGUCAGAAAGUGCAGGCAUGGCAAGCUUUGUCCGAAAAGACUCGCAAUCAGCCAUCAAGCCCGAAGAAGACGAAGACGAUGUCAAGGUCAAAACCGAGCCUUCAGACGCCACGGAACUGAAACUGCACAACAAUGGAAAAUUGACCAGCACAAAAGCAGCACGUCUCCUCGUCGUCGUAGGCACCUACUCCAUCGGCAAAGAACGCAUCUGCAUCGGCAUAGCCAAAGCCCUCGGCUCCAAAAUAUAUGCUCCUGCAGGAAAACAGCGAAUCUGCCGCGCAUUGGAAGAUCCCGAACUAAGUGGCUUACUCACCACAGACCCGAGGGAAGCGCAGGUCCACAUGACGCCAAUCUUUGAAAUCCGCGCCGACACCCUCGACGACUACCGUCAAGGCUACGCCGACCACUUUGACCGCUGCAUCGGCUUCCGACCCUCUGGCUGGAACUACAAACCCCCAUCCUCCCGCCUCGACACUCCCAAUGUAUCCAACAUUUUAUACUCUACCUCUUGGAAAUCGACCUAUUCCAUCAAAGACCUGUCACCACAACGAGGCUCUACGAAUCGUGCCAAAUGUUUCGGGGUGCCGUAUUCGGAGCAUUCGAGUUUUAGGGAGUUGACAAUGUUUUGUACUGCAUUGAGGGUGGAGAAGAUUAUUCCUACGGUUAAUGUGGGGAGUGCUAAGGGGAGGGAGAGGAUGAAGGGGUGGGCUGAUAGGUGGAUUGCUCAUAGGGAGAAGAAUGGCGUUUUUGACGUCAAGGAUUGGUAA